AUGGCAGCCGCAAUGGGACCUGGUGGACAGCCAAUGAUGGUUAUGAACACAAACGCACCUGAACGCCAAAGCGGUAGAAAGGCACAAAUGUCGAAUAUAAUGGCAUCAAAGACGGUGUCCGAUAUUAUACGCACCUGCUUGGGACCGCAGUCGAUGCUCAAGAUGAUUCUCGAUCCAAUGGGCGGGAUCCUCCUUACCAACGAUGGACAUGCAAUUCUGCGUGAAAUAGACGUUGCACACCCAGCAGCCAAGAGUAUGAUCGAGUUGUCGCGUACCCAGGAUGAGGAGGUUGGCGAUGGAACUACCAGUGUCAUCAUUCUCGCCGGUGAAAUCCUCGCCCAGAGUGUUGGCCUCCUCGAGAAGAACAUUCAUCCAGUGCAGAUCAUCCAAAGCUACAAACUCGCUCUCACCGAGGCACUCAAGACUAUCGAACUCAUCGGCAAGCCCCUCGAUACAGCCAACGAAAAGGAAAUGCUUGCGCUGAUCAAGACAUCCAUCGGCACCAAGUUCGUCCAGAGGUGGUCCGAUCUCAUGUGCAAGCUGGCUCUCGACAGUGUCAGGACGGUAGCUACAGCUGACGCAGCCAACGCCGACCUCAAAAGCGUCGAUUUGAAGCGUUACGCGCGUAUCGAGAAGGUGCCAGGAGGUGAUGUUGAAGACAGCUGUGUGCUGAGCGGGCUCAUGGUGAACAAAGACGUAACGCACCCCAAGAUGAGACGUAAGAUCGAAUCCCCACGCGUCCUCCUUCUCGACUGUCCACUCGAGUACAAGAAGGGCGAGUCGCAAACCAACAUUGAAAUAAGCAAAGAGGGCGACUGGGAGAAGAUUCUCGCUAUUGAAGAGGAGCAGAUUAAGGGCAUGUGUGAGCACAUACUCUCCUUCAAACCUGAUCUCGUCCUCACCGAGAAGGGUGUAUCUGAUCUCGCCCAGCACUACCUCACACGCGCUAACGUCACAGCUCUUCGCCGUUUGCGCAAAACUGAUAACAACCGUAUAGCACGCGCGACUGGUGCGACUAUUGUGAAUCGUGUAGAAGAUAUCCGCGCAACUGACAUUGGUACGAAAUGUGGCAAGUUCGAAGUGAAGAAGCUUGGUGAUGAGUACUUCUCUUUCCUGACAGAGUGCAAAGAUCCUAAAGCAUGCACUGUGCUUCUGCGUGGACCAAGCAAAGACAUACUGAACGAGAUUGAGCGUAACUUGCACGACGCGAUGGCAGUAGCCCGUAACGUUGUCUUUAACCCACUCCUAGCACCUGGUGGAGGAGCUACGGAGAUGGCAGUGAGCGUCGCCCUGGGUAAACUUGCCAAAUCGGUCGACGGUGUAGGUAGUUUGGCUAUACGCGCCGUGGGUGAUGCUAUGGAGGUUAUUCCACGCACUCUCAUACAGAAUUGCGGUGGUAACACUAUUCGCACCCUCACAGAACUCAGAGCCAAACAUAGCAACGGAGAGGUGAGCUUCGGUGUCGAUGGUGAUACUGGUAAAGUUGUCGAUAUGGCUACUUACGGCCUCUACGAAUCGGCUGCAGUUAAAAUUCAGACCAUCAAGACUGCCGUCGAAUCGGCUAGCCUUCUCCUUCGUGUGGAUGACGUUGUCAGUGCGAGGAGACUCCAGCAGGGUGGCGGCGCAGGCAUGAUGCCGCCAGGGGAGAUGGCCGAGGGAGCAGAGCAGUGA